AUAUCAACCUCUGUUCUCCCGCACAUUUUAACAGGUGUCUGACAAAAAGUGACGACAAAAACAAAACCCACACAAUCUCUGCAGCAACACCCCUAAACCAAACCACACCCCCACAAAGCGCAAGCAGCCAAAGAACCCCCACCCCGCCUAAUGCUGCCUUACGCCACCGUCGACGCGGCGGAAGCCGCCCUCGGCAGAUCCCUCACGGCGGCCGAGGCGCUAUGGCUCAGAUACUCCGCCGCCAAGUCCGACUACGUCCUCUACUGCCACAACAUCAUCUUCCUCUUCCUCAUCUUCUCCGUCUUCCCCUUUUACUACCUCCUCUUGGAGAACUUCUUCGGGAAAUCCGUCAGCCCUUACAAAAUCCAGCCCAAGGUGAAGCUCUCCUUUUCCGACACGCUCCGAUGCUACAAAUCGGUCAUGGGCAUGUUCUUUCUGGUCGUGGGGCCCCUUCAGCUCGUCUCCUACCCCGCCGUUAAGUUGAUUGGAAUACGAACGAGCUUGCCAUUGCCUUCAUUAUGGGAAAUUUUGCUGCAAUUGGGGGUUUAUUUCAUAGUCGAGGACUACACAAACUAUUGGAUCCACAGAUUUCUUCACUGCAAGUGGGGGUACGAGAAAAUCCACAAGGUCCAUCAUGAAUACACGGCCCCAAUUGGGUUCGCGGCUCCAUAUGCCCACUGGGCCGAGGUUUUGAUCCUCGGCAUCCCGUCUUUUCUUGGACCUGCUAUAGUCCCGGGACAUAUCCUUACUUUCUGGCUGUGGAUUGGUUUGAGGCAGAUUGAGGCGAUCGAGACUCAUAGUGGGUACGAUUUUCCGUGGACUCCAACAAAGUAUAUCCCUUUUUACGGUGGCCCGGAUUACCAUGAUUACCAUCAUUAUGUUGGUGGACAGAGUCAAAGUAAUUUUGCAUCAGUAUUUACCUAUUGCGAUUACAUUUAUGGCACUGACAAGGGAUACCGCUAUCAAAAGAAGGUCCUCCAGCAGUUGCAAGAGGAACAAAAAUCCAAGGUUGGAGAAGACAAAGUCCUACGCAAUGAAUCUGCACGAAGUUAUAAAUUCGACUGAUUUUGGGAAGAUGAGAGUGACUUUUGAUUCAUGGUCUUCAUCACAAUUCACAAUGUUUAUUGUUUGUAACAAGUAGCUUGAGCCGUAAGUUCAAUGUUUGCCUUCAUUUCUUGUUAGAGGCGCGUAGAAUGUGUGUAUUUUUCCCCUCAUCCUAAUAUUUAUCUUGACAAAGGCUUAAUGCUGAAUUUUGGAGCUUGUACCAUCAUAUUAUUCUAAAUCAGUCCAAUAGCUUGUCAUUGUUGGUUCUGGAAAACUUUGCAUUAUUGCUAUGUUAUAUGUGAAAUGUGUGAUUUUCGAAGAUAGAGGCGGGAGUAAAGAUGUAAACGAACGAAACCGAGAUCGAACUUCUGAUACUCAAGUUUGUGUCGA